AUGGAGAGAGUACAGUUCCAGCAGGAGCAGAUGCUCGCAGAGCUGAAGGACCUCGUCCAGAAAGGUCUCUUCACCCAGAAAGAAAUCAAGCAGAUUAUGCAGAAGCGCACUGCGUUCGAGACCGCACUCGUGCGCCGCAUACCCAAGAAGAGCGACUUCCUGCGCUACGCUGCGUACGAGAUGGGCCUCGAAGCCCUCCGCCGCAAACGCGUGGAGCGCCUCAAGCAGGGCCCGCAGCCCCCGUCUGUCUCAGACUUUGCGCUUGUCCGCCGGCAAUUCCACAUUUUUGAGCGCGCAUUGAAGAAGUUCAAGAACGAUGUCGGACUCUGGACACAGUAUAUGCAGGUCGCCAAGCGGGAGGGCGCGCGGACGCUCGUGGGGCGCAUCUCUGCACGCGCGCUGCAGCUACACCCCAACGUUCCUGCGCUCUAUAUUCUCGCGGCUGCUCAUGAACUAGAGCAUUUAUCGCCAUCCUCUGCACGUGCGUUGCUACAGAGAGGCAUCCGGCUCAACGCUGACAGUGUCGAGAUGUGGAGGGAGUACGUGAAGAUGGAGCUUGGAUUUGUGGAAAGCAUGCGCAGGCGGUGGGGUGUGCUCGGAAUAGACGUGGACGAGGGGACGGACAAAGGGAAGGGGAAAGCACGGGAAGCAGACGUAGCCGGAAACGAGCGGACGGCUGCGAAGAUGGGCAACGAGGAGAUUGACAAGAUGGAAGUUGAUGCAAAAGACGAAGGCGAGGACGGCGAGGCAGCCAGGCGAGAGAUCAUGAACGGUGCUAUCGUCAGGUCAGUCAUCUCCAGCGCGGUCAAAGCCCUACCUCAGAUAUCUCUCUUCACAUCUCUACAUGAGCUGCUCGCGACUUAUCCCUGUCCACAGUCCCUCCGUAACGCACUCCUCGAUCACCUUUUUGCUCUGCUGCACUCCACGCUGCCCUUGGACCCCUCGGCUAUCAAGUUGUCUGCAACGAGGGCUCUCACGCCCGGGCUAGACGGCGAGGCUCUGAUCGACGCGCUGAAAUCUGCAAACGAGCAGCUCGCACAUGCGGUCCGAAACCGCGGGGAAGGACAUGCGGGCGAAGCACUCGCCGUCCUGUACGCGGAGUUUGUCCAGGAAUGGUGCAGCAAGGACAUCGACGAGAGCCUGAAAGGGUACCUAAUCACGUCACUGCAACUCCUUGCGCAGCGUGCGUCUCCCGCGCCCUCGCCCGCGCUCCUCGCUGCGACCAUCCGCCUGCUCACGUCACAUCACCAGGCCCUCCGCAUGCACCUCCCACCGUCAGGCAGCACAUCAGAAAAGGUCCUCCGCUUCGCACGGAAGCACACCGCUAAGGAUAGGACCAUCGCGCGUGCGUCGGCGGCGGUAUGGCUUGCGCGCCUCGAUGCAGAGUGGGUGCUCGGCAGCGCGGACGGCGCCCAGAGCGCGUGGGACGAGGCGCGCGGCGCGGUCGAGGGCGAGGGCCUCGAGCACGUGUGGAUGUGGGGAGUCGAUCGGGCGGAAGCGUCCGAUGUUCGCGCGGAAGAGCGGGUGCGCAUUCUCGAGGUGCGUGCGCUGCUGGGAUUUACCUUUAUGCUGGGCUCACGCGUGCGUCUCGCCGGCUUGACGCGAUCACGCGAAUUCGCGGCGAAAUCGACGUCGACGGUGCCGCCGGCCGUCGUGGCGGUGGUGGAUGCGCGCGCGGCGCGCGUGCGCCACAUCGCGCAAGGGUACCUGCCGAGCGCGCGAGUGUGGCAGGGCGUGUUCGCGCAGGAGGCGGCCGCUGCGGAGCAGAUGGCCGCGCGCUCCGCGCCGGAUGCGUUGGAUCGCGUGCUGGCGACGGUGUAUGAGCAGUGGCGGCAGAAGGACGGCGUUGGCGCGACGGUCGAGUGGGCGCGGUGGCUGCUGGCGCACGGGCGUGCGCUGGAGGCGAAGGACGUGGUGCUGCGAGCGGGAAGCUGGCUAGCCAGCGGCGAUGCGAGGGAGGUGGAACGGCGAUGGAAGAUGGUGGUGGAUGCACCAGAAUCUGAAGAGUGA